CUGACACCGCACCGGCCGGACGUACACAUUGUGAGCAAAGUGAAGUGAGCACAGUGUAACAUGCUGCCAGUCCGGCCGCUUUAAACACACGUCUUCAGGAUGCAUGCGGUCGGCCUGCACUCCGCGCUUGCGAUCCGCCGCGAGCGGAAGCGUCGAGCCGAGCAACAGCGCGCCAAGGAAAGGCGCUACUCCAUCCAGUCUACGGAGUCCGGUGUGACAUCUCCCCACUGCUCUACAGGCAGUCUCGAGCGACGUCGCCACAAGAAAUCCGGGACCGCCGACAAUGAAGUCGUCUCUUCCGUUGGCAUGCUCCACCUUGGAGUCGUGUUUCUCGUUCUCGGAGUUUUCCUCGUCGCCUCUGGCUGGCUUCCAGAUGAUGUCACCGCCUGGAGCAACAUCGGAUCUGUAAGCUGGUUUAACGAGCUCGUCUGCUCUGGACUUUUUGCUCUAUUCAUUGGAAUAUUUUUAAUUAUCCUGCACAAAUAUCUUACUAAGAGCGAAGAGGACGCAUUAGAAGACUACGUUCAAAAACAACUGACUCGAUCGAGAUCUGGACAUAGACUAGAGAGAGAUGCAGAGACGGGUGGAAUGCGUACAAAAAACGCUAGACGGGCUCGAGCUACAGAAGUAUUGCCAGAGCCUAUUACCGAAACUUAUACUGAGCCUCCUCCCGAUAGAGUUCACGGGUUUGUCAACGCCCUCGCUCUGAACGGUGAUGCGAUGCGAGAAUUGCCAUUGGAGCAAAUUGUAGAAGAAGAAACAUCUAUGGCCUCUGAGACUGAGAAAAGAUUUGGGAAGUUUAACAAAGACACGUAUUCAACGCCAUCUAUGGCACCCAGCCUAAGCCCCGGAUCCCCAUCUGAUACGAGAGAACUCCUAUCAGACGGACGCUACAUGGUCAUGUCGAAGAUAUGAAUAACAAAACUUGACCGUUCGUUGAUCCCAUACAUUCUACUUUUUUAUGGAAUCGUCUUUGAUUUUAUUGGAAACCAUGUGAUAUCCCGUUAAAAUGUUUCCUUAAUAUUUAAUUCUUACAACGAAUACUUUCACGCAUUCUCCAUGAAAUAGAAUGUUCGGUAUCAGCGGAAUGUCAAUUGGAGGUCAAUAUGAAAUGCGUUGAAAGCUAUGAGUAACUUGAACCUCUUUAUUUAUUACGAACUAUAUAUACAGAAUGCUUCUGUUAAACAAUGCCUCGUUGCUGCCAAUAAGCUUGACAGCUUCUGAAUUCAAGUGUGAGUGAUAUUUGUAAUCUUUGUAUGGACCAAAGUGUUAACGUUUCCGCAAUAUCGAAAAGUUUCUUGCAAUUUUUAUUUGAUAUUAUCACAAGCUUAAUUAAAAGAUUUACUGAUCUCAUAAUUUCUAAAUACUUGUAGUUUAUAUUUUAAUUUGCGUUAAGACUGAUUCCAUUCAUUAAUUUUACGCUAAUCUUGUGCCAAAAAUCUUCUUAAACGUGUUUUGUUGAUAUAAUGAAGGAAUUUACGUUUGAAUAAUUUCAUCAACAUAAUGAAAGACUUAAGGAAAAAUAAUCCUCGUAGCUGAUUCGUAGCAGAACUACGGCGCGCAAUUACUACGAGAGUCUACGUACACGGCCAUUAGCUGGCUAUUAUGGUCAGAUAAUACCCAACUAUUAUUUAUAAUUACUAAUCUAAACUUUAUUAUUGUCAAAUGAGUGUUUGAAGUAGUACAUUUUAAGCGCUGUCAAAUCCAAUGUCAGUACUAGUUGCCGGCAUUAUGUAAUUGUAUCUCAGUUUUAUUUAAAUGAAGAAAAAAAUUCAAUUAGUCUUCGACAUGUUUGUAAAAAAAAAUAUCUUAUGAUCUUUCAUUCUAGUAUAUUUUCAUGUACCAAUAUAAUAUUAAAACAGUUAAAAGGCUGAUAUUCAAUGGUUUACAUGAUAUGUAGUCUGUUUCGCAUUUUGUGAUAUAAUUUUAAUCACCUAAGUUUUGUAAAUGCUUUGCUCAAAAUAUUUUAAUUUAAUUGAAACUAUUUAAAAGUAUACAUGAAAUCCGUUGAAAAUGUGUACAUGUGUAUAAUGUUAAUUGGAAUGCUGUACUCUGUGGUACUUUGCCUAUGGUAAGAACAUUGUGAGCUAACUUUAUCUAUUGUUACAAGCGUACCUAUAAUAGAAUUGUAAGUUUUGACAACUAUGACUUUUGAUUUGAAUUACUGUGUACUCUUCUUUUCCUGUUACAUCUAAAAUGUAUUUGCAAAACGUUCUAGAUUGACAGGGAUAACUAAAAUACUUUGUUUUAUAAAGUCACUUAGGAUUGUUUUCCAAAAUGAUUUUAUGUGUGGAAACGUUUUUUUCUUAGCACUUUUUAAAAUACAAAACUAUUCAUUAAUUAUCUUUCUUUUAAUGUUGUUUAAAUACUGUGACUUAUUUAGGACGUUUACAGUGUCUGCCGCUAUACAUAUUAUAAAUGCCUUAUACUAAAUAAGAUAUUGUAAGUAAAUCUGGAUCUUAUGGUCUAAUUUUAUAACUUUCUUGUUCUUAACACUAGUGUCCCAAUAAUUUAUAGUAUUUUACGCAAGUGUAGUAUAAAUCACGUAUGUGUGUAUGGCACUAUUUUUACUAUUUCUAAUCUAAGAUAAAUGUUUGAUGAAUAUUAAAAAUAACAUACCGGAUUUAACUUUCAAACUAUUUUGAAUCCUGUGAUGUAAUACUGACUGUAAAAAUUAUUUAUGUUUUCUUCGAAAGUUAAAAUUAUUUUUAAUAUUAAUCAAAUAUUUUAUAGCCCUACUUAGUACCAGCUAGCUUGUAUAUAAUCGUAGUAAUAAUCACGAAACUUUAUACUGGUGAUAUACACACGAAUUACAAUAUCAUGUAGAAAAUUGUGAAGUCGGCAUUUGUAAUAAAAGGGAUUCGCUUCCAGCAAUUAUUUAUACAUAUAUUAAGUCAGUAACUAUAAAAUGAUCUAUACGAAAAUUAUUGUUGCUUAUUCAUCACGACUUUUUAAAAUUUCCUUCCGUCUACAUGAGAGGAAUGCUUUGUUUUGAGAAUGUCAUGUUGUUGUCAUGAGAAAAAACAAAUAUUGAAAGUGCAAAUAGUUUUGAAUAUAUUAUGUGUAUAAAAAAUUGUUAUUAAGAAAUUCGUAAAUAUGGCUAAACUUGACAAAAUUGUACAACUUGUCUUGUUAAGUUAUAAGAAUGUACCGCUUGCUAUUAAACUUAUGGCUGAUGUGAUAUGAAGUUUAUAAACAAGCGAUAUUAAAAAUUACAAUUCUAAAAAUUUUCAAAUUUUAAAACACUAACGUGCCAUGCGCUUUGCGAUGAAAUAAGUAGAUUUAACUUGUAACUUUUGAAUUCAAAUAGUUGUAAUGCACAAAACGUUACUUUGAAUGACACAAUUUAUCUUUAAAUUACCAUUUUUUGGGAAACAUUAAAAAUUGUGUCAGUGCUAAGUAAAAUUAUGCACAUAUAACGUGACUAGUCGCACAUUAAAUUAAUUAUGAAAUUUCUUGUGCCUAUACUUUUAUAAUUAGGUAUUUAUAGGUUUAGUUACUAUUUUGUAUACUUGCUAAGAUAUGUAAAUACGCGACUAUUAUCACUUUUAACUAGAUUUUUUUCUUGAUACGCCUUGGCUUUGUAAUCCUAUAUAAUGUACUAUUUGCAGUUAUAGUAGAUUUUUCCUUACUAAAAUCAUUUAUUUCUUAAACUAGCGAGUGCGUUACCUUUGACUAAUCGAUACGUUGAGUUAAGUAAAUGAUUUAAUAAAUUCGCAUUUACGUAUAUAUCUGUUAAUCAAGUUUUGGUUAUAUUAUAAUAAUUGGAGCUUUUAGUUAUAAUUAACUUUUAUUUUAUGUUGUGCAAAGCUCAAAACGUGUUAGAUGUGAAUUUUUACGAAGCUUCGAUGUCGUGAAGAUUUUUUAUGAACGCUUUUGCGCCUAUAUUUAUGCGUAUUAUGCGCACUUUACAAUUUCUUGAAGAAAUAAAGAAAAAUUCCGACUUUA